GCUGCCGACGCCUCGCCGCGAACAUGUGGCCGUCGUCGCUGUUCGUCUCGGCGCUGCUGCUGGCCACGCGCGCCGCAGGAUCAGUCAACUCAGUGACAGGAUCUCGCCAAAGACGCUACGUCUGCCCAGAUAUGUUUGUCCGCAAUGGUAACAGUUGCUACUACUUGAGUCGAUUUAUGGCAACUUGGCACGAUGCCCAUUUUAACUGCCGGGACAUGGGAAGCCAACUAGCUCGCUUGGAGAAAAAGUGGGAAGAUCGCAACAUGCGAGCCUACCUCAACAGGACUGAACUGGCACGCCUGGAACGAUGGAUAGGAGGUAUUUACGACUGGGAGUCACGCAUGUGGAUAUGGGGUGCAACUGGGCAGCGUGUGGUAUACCACGGCUUCUCCAGACGACGCCCCGGAGAAAAUCAUCGAUGGCACUGCAUAGUUCUCGAUCCCACCAUGUUCUACAAAUGGGGCACACGCAACUGCUACGCACGGAAGCACUACAUUUGCGAGACACCGCUGAAGAAAAUCAAGCCACCUCAGCCAAUAGCAACAGUAGUUCCUGACACCGACAAACCAUUCAGCAGGGGACGAGGGAGGGGUAGAGGGAGAGGUCGCGGAAGAGGCAGGGGGCAGGGGCGGGGCCAAGGGCGCGGCCGCGGUCGCUACCAGGGGAGGCAGAGCUGGAGGCGCAAGACGGCCACUACCCUCUCCCCUGUCCCUGUGAGGCCACUACUUGACAACAACCUGUAGCUGGGACUGCCUAAAGAGCGGCAGUGCUGCUGCCACAGGUAUAUGGCACAGGGUAGCAGUGUGCACGUGUCAUCGCAGCUACAGUCCACUGGUUAAUUCGACAGUGGACAUCAGUAACUGUGCGCUAAAUGGCCGACCUGCUCCAGUGUCAUUGACAGACUGUGCUAUGUGGUGACCUACUCUAGUCAGUGGCUCGUGCUAGUCAAGAGGGGCAUCAAUACACCACUACAUUUCAUGUGCCUUACCCUUUCUUGAGGCACGAGAAAACUUUGAAUGAUACACAACAAGUGUGCAAACUAAUGAUAAUUAAGCAAACUUGCUUGAUGGGUCGUACGGCUGAGAUGUCCACAGCCACAACGUAAUUAUCUGUAAGAUUACUGGCAUUUUAAGCCGUUUACUGUGUACAGACUUGCAAAAAAUAUUUAAUAGCUCACGAGAAGACAUUUGCGUCUAACAUCAAAGUCAACCCUUUUUGAAAAUGAUGUAUAAUCUCUAACUUCUCAUCCUCAUCACUAAUAUGCAGUGCAAAGUUCCUAUCAAGCAAAUAAAUAUUGUAGGAGAGAACUUCUAAUUCGAUUAACAAAAUUAUCAAUCUCAUUUGGUUUCAGUGAACUUUAAGUGGAUGAUAAAGAUAACUGUUUUUAACGCCAUAAAAAGAUCGACCGGGAUUGGAAAUUUCAUGAAAAAAUCUCAGCUUAGUAUUGUUGUUGGCUAAUUGCCAUGUAAAAUAUUAAAAAUUAGUAAUGGUCAAUACAAUGCAGGAGGAUCACGACAUUUCAUAUGAAGAAAAUUACCAUGUUCAAAAUUCAACAUCCAAUGCAAAAUUGCUGACACAAGAAAUGAGAUGCUUUUUCAAGACAAAUAACGAUCCACAUUUGCAGAGUAUUAUAUUUGAGAUACAUUAAUACUAAAUAUUCGAAGGAAUAACAAUACUCAUUCAGCAAUUAUAUAUAAACAGCAUUCAGUAUAAUAAAAUAUUUAAAUGGAGUUUGAAAUCCAAGUAAUCAAUUUCUCCACUUUUUUUAAGUCAUAUACUAGUAAGCUCGUAACAAAAUCACUUUUGCUCUACAGUGAUAAGAACAAAUGACACAUACACAGUUAAAUUAUAUGAAACCACACUUUUAAAUAUAUAGAUGGCAAAUAAAAAUGCUAAUACACUUUUAAGAAGGUUACAAACAUUCUAUAAUAAGUGCAUAUUUGCUCUCAGAACUCCAUCAACGGUGUUUUUAACCAGCACAUAAUAAAGGAGGCUGAUAAAUAUUUUCAUAUGAAGCUGUUAUACAUUUUGCAUUUUAUAUUGUUCUUUAAAUCUCUUUCUCGCUCUCUCUCUCUCUCUCUCUUUGUGUGUACAGCUUACAAGUAUGAAUUUAAUACAUCUAACAUUUUCAAGAUUUAUUUUAUUUGUAGAAUUAUAACAAUGUGACAGAUAAAUAUGUCAACAGAGAAUGUCAUUACUGUUAACUGUUAUUGAAUUUGCCACGUAUUCAUUCAGUGCUUGCAAAGCACUCUGUCAACAGUAUUAAUGAAACAAUCACUGCCCAGUCAAAGACAACUAAAUUAAUAUUGAAACCAUAUAAUACUUAGGGCCAAAAGAUGAUAAUUCAGUCACAUUUCCUUACAAAAAACACAUUAAAAUAUGCAUAAGCAUCAGUUUCAUCACAGACAUAAGACUGAAAUAAAUCACAUGUUAAAACAACAAUACUACUAUUUUGCUACUUUGAAUGAUGGUGAUUCACUGACAAUUUGCAAAGGCAAAGUAAAUAGCAGUACUACAAGGUACAAUAUUUUUAAGUUAUGGAACAUCAGCUAUGACUGUAAGUCAUUUGUGGUGUUUCAGUCAAGAACAAAAUAUUCUUAAAUGUUAAUAUAAAAUAUCAGAAGAGUAAUGUUUUUAUUCAGUAUUACUUAACAAUCACUGCCAUUGCUAUAGUAUUUUCUAUAAAAUUUAUUUAAUGUAGUAACAUUUCAAGAAAAAGAAAAAGAGGAAUAAAAAACAUGUAUCCCUAAAGUGUCACUGCACUUAUUAUUAGAAUAUAUGUAACAUCGGACCACAAAGUUUUUAUACAAAUAAAUUUUAAUGUCUCAUUUGUACACAUUUUAGUUAUUAAAUGAGGAUACAUAUGAGAAAAGAAUACAUUGCUUUGAUCCUGUUAUAGAAAUCAUGUGUGCAUUACAUAAAGAAUUACAGUGAAGAGGAACCAUGGGUACAGUUACUGUAUCAGACUUCAUUUAAAUGUUGUUAAUAAACCCAUGCUAAAUGACACAUUUCUGUUGUUGAAUCAGAGGUUGGGAACACGAAAGUGGUAUGUCAGCAAGUUAAAUGUGGCACAGCUGAAGAUGCAGUGUUUCUACAAUACAACCUGUUUUUCACUGGGAGUACUAAC